AUUAUUAUUAUUACUAUUAUUAUUUAAUAUCCUACUCUUUUAUUUUAUAUUGCUUUUUUUUCUUCUCUUUUGGUGUGUCGCCCAGAAAUCUCUCAACAACAAGAACAACAACAAGCGAUCGAACUGACAUUGAUCCUCUUUCCUCCUUCUUCUCCAUUGUGCAUGCACUUUUAAAGAAAAUUGUUUCCCCCCCCCCUCUCUUCUGUGCGUUAACGAUUGGGCGAAUUCAACUCCUUCAAAGCUUACAACAACUACCACUUUGCCAAACCCGGACGUCCUUGUUACCUAGGUGACAUUGUAACCUGGCACCUUGCGAUUCGAGAAAAACAGAUCACACUCUGACCUUUACUAAAAAAAAAUACCCCUUUCACUCUACACUCACACCACAUAUAUACCCACUUUCUCGAACCAAACAUAAAAGAAAAAUGUAUGCUUCUUCCAGAGAAACAUUGGAAGCCAAAGUCGUUGUGUUAGGAGCAACAGGUGUGGGGAAAACGUCUGUGGUGAUCCGAUAUGUGCAGAAAACCUUUUCUGCCAGCAGCACCUCCACAAUCGGAGCGUCAUUUAUGACAAAGAAGUUAACCGUCGAUGACUGCCAUGUCCGUCUCCAAAUUUGGGAUACAGCAGGCCAAGAGCGGUUCAGGGCAAUGGCGCCAAUGUAUUAUCGCGGGGCGCAAGCUGCCAUUCUCGUGUACGACAUUACAUCAGAAGAAAGUUUCUCAGACAUGAACACUUGGGUCGAAGGUAUAAUUUUUACACAGACCCAUAUUUCCACACUGACACUCAGAAUGAACUUGAGAAUCCUCCUACUCAGCCCAAAAAAACCAAAACUAUUCUUUAGAGCUGAAAAAAGCAACGACGGACGAUAUGGUCAUAUGUAUUGUCGGUAAUAAGCUUGAUCUGGCUGCGCACCAGCGAGCCGUUGCAAUUUCCAAAGCAGAGGAUUAUGCAGGACGAAUCUUGGGGCGGGAGUGUCCCGUUUAUGAAGUAUCAGCAAAAGAGGAUGAUGGCGAGAUAGAAGAGCUCUUUUU